GAGCUCCGCUCCACCGCUGGCGGCGGCGGGGGGGGCUUCUUGGGGCUCGGCUGCUUCUCCUGCUUCUCUCCCGCCGCGCCCCGCUCCUUCCGCGGCGGCAGCACCCGCACGGGGCUCCUCCGCAGCGCCCGCACCCCGCGCCGCGCCGCCGCAGCCGCCUCCCGGGGCCCGCCGGGCCUCAGCAGCGACCGGCACAGCCCCGGCGCCAGCCUGCCCAGCGCAGCCAUCUUGCGCCGUCAGCGCUGCGCGACGGGCGCCCGCGGAGUGACGCCGCCGCCAUGGGGUGCCGACGGGCGCUGCACUUCGUCUUCAAAGUGGGCGAUCGCCCCCGGACCGCGCGGUUCUACCGCGACCUGCUGGGCAUGAGCGUGCUGAGGCAUGAGGAGUUCGAGGAGGGCUGCAAAGCCAGCUGCAACGGCCCUUAUGAUGGAAAAUGGAGCAAAACGAUGGUGGGCUACGGGCCAGAAGACAACCACUUUGUUGCAGAGUUGACUUACAAUUAUGGAAUUGGAGAAUAUCGCCUAGGCAACGACUUUCUGGGCAUAACACUUGUGUCCAGCCAGGCUGUGAGCAAUGCUAAGAAGAUGGGGUGGCCCAUCAGAGAAGUCACCACUGGUGUUUUUGAAACUGAAGCCCCAGGGGGAUACAAGUUCUACCUGGAAGACAAGGAACAGCUCAAGCAAGAUCCUGUGCAGAAGGUGACCUUGGGUGUCUCCAAUCUCCAGAAGUCUGUAAAUUACUGGUCUAAUUUGCUCGAGAUGAAAAUCUACGAGAAGGAUGAGGAAAAGCAAAGGGCUUUGCUGGGCUAUGCAGAUAACCAGUGUAAGCUGGAGCUGAAGGCUGUUGGAGGAGCAGUGGAUCACGGGACAGCGUUUGGCCGAAUCGCCUUCUCCUGUGCAAAGGAAGAGUUGCCAAAGAUUGAAGCGCUGAUGAAAAAAGAGAAUCAGAAAAUUCUAACACCUCUGGUCAGCUUGGACACACCUGGCAAAGCCACAGUGCAAGUGGUUAUUUUGGCAGAUCCUGAUGGCCAUGAGAUCUGCUUUGUGGGAGAUGAAGCAUUUAGAGAUCUGUCCAAGGUGGACCCUAAUGGUGCCAAACUGUUGGAUGAUGCCAUGGCGUCAGACAACAGUGACAAAUGGUUUGCUGCGCAGAAUAUGAAGAAGGCUGCUGCUUAGCUGGAGGAGAGACUGGGCUGCUCCUUCUUGCUAUGGUUUUCAUCCAGGAAAAAUGCCAAUCCCAUGUACCGUGUUGCGUUACCCCUUCCAGUAAGAGGGUGCUAUUGUGUCCUGCAUUGUUUAUUUGAUUUAAGCUUUUGUCUCUUCCUGCUGCUUACUCCUUUCAAGCAUGUUCUCCUUCAAAAAAAGUCAGGCUGCACAGCAGGGAGCAGGUUGAGCCCGUGGCUUCCAAAACAGGUCCUCCAUUAAGAGGAAGACCUCACACUUUUGUGGUGGUAUACUUGGAAAAGAGGUUGCUUGACUAAUUACAGUACCAAGUUCUCUAACUAAUUGGCUUUAGCUGUCUUGGGUUUGCUGCUUAGAGAAUGGAUUUUCAGGAGGCUGUGAGUAUUGCAGCUACCCUGCUUCAGUGGUGGAGUGUGGGUCUGAAGGGAAGGGCUGGGUAUGGGGAGCUGGAGCAGUUCAGCUGUCACAGCCUGGGCCUGUUCGCUGCAAACAGCAGAAUCACUCACUAAACCACAUGAACAUUACAGUCUGGAGCAAACUCUCUUUUCAUUCCAAGAUAUUUCCCCAGCUUUCAAGGUGAAAUCUUCACUUGAGAAGCACAGGGUGUGUUUCUCACUGGGGUCACAUUAUUGAUGUGGUGUUUUCCACCCCUUACCCAGGAGCCUUCUACAUUCCGGGCAGGAGCUGGGGCCGUGCUCCGGGGUGUGAGGCAGCGCUGUGCUGUCUGCAGAGGCGCCAGGAGGUGACUUGAAUUAAGCACAUUGUGGGUUUGCAAUUAGCUUUUGAUGAAAUUGCCUUUGGAAGUAACAGUUUGGAGUUUAUUCCGUUGGAAUGAAGUCACUCUGCUUUUGCUAGUGGAAUAAGGGCUGGGAAUGGAGGGAGUAAUUACAGCACUGUCCGCAUCAGGCACGCUGCGGUUUGUCAUCUUCAUGAAAACCUUAAAUGUUUCACAGAGAAAAAGCAGGAAAAUCAGCAGUGCUGGAAGCCACCGAGGCGUGUCAGUGCUUGUAGUGAGUAUUCUGAGUUUAAGCAGGAAAAAUCACUGUGAUUUAUGUCAUUUGAGCUUUUUGGUUUGGGUUCAAUGAUGAUUUUUGAAUCACGUAGCAAUCGAGUCAAUGCCAUGUGUAGCCGCACCCUGAAACCGGCGCUGCUUGCCGGUGUCACCGUUAAACCAAUAAAAGCGGUCCGGGAGGCCGGUUUGUGCUCCUGCUUCAGUGCACCGGCCCUUCCUCUCCCUUUUUAGUUGAGCUCC